CCUGGGCCUGUCACCGGCCGGGCUCCUGUCCCCCAAGGCUCGUGCCAGGCUGGGGCACGGGGUGGAGCUGGCCCCGCGCAGGCCCCUGGCGAAGGGCUGGAGCCAGAGGUCGGCGCGUCCCGUUCCUCAGGGGCUAACGCCGCUCACGACACGUCUCGCAGAGUGGAAGCUCCUGUCCCGUCUCGCCCGUGUCCUGGCCACACUCAUCACAGGGAACGUUCCUGCCCGAGGCGCUUCCACGUCACUCACGGGAUCGGUUCUUUCAGCAGUUGGUUUAGUGACUAUUUCCCUUGCUAGGGCGUCGCUAUCCGCAACCGGUGUCUUUCCUACCUCGGUUUCCAGCCUUCCCAUUUUGGCCAGGUCAGCCGCUCCCACACCCCCAGGUACACCAGUGUGUGAGGGGUCCAGUGAAAAGUCAGUCUCCUGCCUCCACUUCCAACCUCUGAACCGCCCGACAGUUCGGUUCUGGUUUUGUGAAGGGAACCGAAGUGGCCGCGUGCAGGUCAACAGCAAAACACCAGCCUCUCAUCUGCUCGGAGCCUGCAGUGCAGGGAGAAUUCACCUCAGCCAUAGACUUGGAGCUGAUGUGCCUUGAUCGAAGGCUCUUUCUUGUGCCCUCUCUGUUAGCCAUGGGACGAGGACAAGCCAUGGGACGAGGACACUGCGACCACCAUGCUGGAAGGAUUUGUCGGACAAACCAGCAGUGGGCGCGUGUCUCUGCUCACCUUGUGACUGAUACUCUUGGGUGCUCUUUUCUGCAAUUUUCCUUAGUGGGGCCAAGUCCACGUGUUCCUUCGAGCUCAGUUCCAGAAGAGAGAGACGUUUACUGAAAUAAAUCAGUUCAUGUGGCCCCGCGCCAUGGACUCCCGGCCCCUGUUCCACGCCCUGCACGCGGUGGCCGAGGACAACGUGGCCUUCUUCAGGCAGAGCGCCUCAGAGACGGGGCGCCGGUUCGUGGCGGCCUUCACGGCUAUCGGGGAGCACGCCCGCUGCCUGGAGCCGAUCCUGCGCCACUUCGCCAGCGUCUACCACGUCUUCGACCUGGACGAGGCCACACCGGCCAACGGGUACCGCAGCCUGGCGCAGACGGCGCGCUGCUGCCUGGCCCACGUCCUGCACAAGAGCCGCUACGUGGCCGCCAACCGCCGCAGCGUCUUCUUCCGCACGGGCCACAACGCAGCCGAGCUGGAGGCCUAUUGCGCCGCCCUGAGCCAGCUGCGGGCGCUGCUGUACCUGGCGCAGCGCCUGCUGACCCACAACCGCCCCGGCUGCCUCUUCCACCACGAGGAGCGCGGCCUGACCGAGCGGGUGCUGCAGGAGUACGGCACCCUGCACAAGGGCUGCUUCUACGGGCGCUGCCUGGGCUUCCAGUUCGCCCCCUCCAUCCGGCCCUUCCUCCAGACCAUCGCCAUCAGCCUGGUCUCUUUCGGCGAGAACUACAGACGCCACGACUCCGGCCUCAGCAUGGCGGCCAGCUCGCUGUUCACUUCGGGGAAGUUCGCCAUCGACCCAGAGCUGCGGGGAGCCGAGUUCGAGAGGAUCACGCAGAACCUCGACGUGCAUUUCUGGAAGAGCUUCUGGAACCUGACGGAGACCGAGCUGCUGGCUUCUGUGGCCAGCCUGGCGUCCACGCCGGUGCGGGUGAGCCGGGCGCUGACGGUGCCCCCUGAGCCCUUCGAGCUGCCGCUGGCUGCCGACCCCUCGCUGAGCAUCACUAUCAGCCCCCCGGUGGCGCACACUGGCCCAGGGCCUGUCCACAUGCGCCUCAUCUCCCACGAGCUGCGUGAGGGGCAGGACAGCGAGGCGCUCUCCGCGUUGGCCCAGGCUGAGGGCCCGCUGGGGCUGGAGCUGUGGCGCAAGGCGGCGCCUGCGCCCCCCUCGCCCCUCCUGCUGGUUCACUUCCAUGGCGGCGGGUUCGUGGCGCAGACGUCCAAGUCCCACGAGCCGUACCUGCGGGGCUGGGCGCAGGAGCUGGGCGCCCCCGUGCUCGCCGUCGACUACGCCCUGGCUCCCGAGGCCCCGUUCCCCCGCGCCUUGGAGGAGUGCUUCUACGCCUACUGCUGGGCCCUGCGUCACUGCCGCCUGUUGGGCUCCACGGCGCAGCGGGUCUGCCUAGCCGGGGACAGCGCCGGCGGGAACCUCUGCCUCACCGUGACCAUGCGGGCAGCCGCCUUCGGCAUCCAGCUGCCCGACGGCAUCAUGGCGGCCUAUCCUGUCACCCUGGUGCGGGCCGCGGCCUCGCCCUCCCGCCUGCUCACGCUGCUCGACCCCCUGCUGCCCCUCAGCGUGCUCUGCAAGUGCCUCAGCGCCUACGCCGGCACGGAGCCGGCGGAGGGCGAGCCCCCCGGGCUGGAGAAGCUGGGCCCAGUGAACAUGAUGCGGCGGGACACGGCGCUGCUGUUGCGGGAGCUGCGGCAAAGCGCCUCGGCCUGGCUGGGGGCGCUGCUGGACGGCCCGGGGCGCAGCAACGGGGCCGGUGCAGAGGCCCUGCGGACGAGCGUCUCGGAGGCAGUGCUGGACGAUGACUCAGCUGUCAAAUCCAGGGGCUCCCACAAGAGCCAGACCUGCCAGGAUCUAUUGUGUGGGGUGUCAGCCCCCCUUGCCCCUGCAUCUGCCCCCCCUCAGGGCAGCCCCCCUAGUUUCUUCCUGAGUGGGGGGCAGCUGGAGGAAGAGGCCCCUGGGGACGAGGUGCUGCAGUAUCCUGAUGGCUUUGAGCCGCUGCGCUCGGACCAGCCCUCCACCAGCAUCACCCUGGAGGCAUCGCCUGUGGUGAAGAACCCCUUCAUGUCGCCCCUCCUGGCUCCGGACAGCAUGCUGCGAGGGCUGCCGCCGGUCCAUAUCGUGGCCUGCGCCCUGGACCCCAUGCUGGACGACUCAGUGAUGUUUGCCCGGCGGCUGCGGGAGCUGGGCCAGCCAGUGACACUGCGGAUUGUGCAGGACUUGCCGCACGGCUUCCUGAGCCUGUCACAGUUGUGCCGUGAGACCCGCCAGGCAGCCGCACUCUGCACACGCGUCAUCCGUGAGAUCCUGCUGCCCCCGCAGCCCACGCCACCCACCGCCCCGCCCUCGCCCCGCAAGCACCGCAAGCUGGAGCGGACGCUGCCCUCAGGGGCUGCCACGGGCCAGAUCGCCACGGGUUUGGCCACGCCCAGCCUCAAGAGUCCCACCCCAGCUGCCUUGGAGACCAUGCCCGGCCAGGGGGGUCGGGCCCCAGUGGAAACCCCCCACAGGCGGGAGCCGGGGCCCCAGAGUGGCCCGGCGGGCAGGGAGGUGGGGGCCUGAGCCCCUGGCCGUGGUCAGGGAUUUCCUAGGAGCCCCAUGGUGCUUUUCUCUCUGUGGCUUCCGAGUAGGGGGAGAAGGGAAGGGCCCCACCCUGAGAGUCUGGCUGCCCCCCCUAGUCCCCAGGGACUUGUCUGUAGCGGUUUUUGCUGGACAGGUGUUUGCUGCUGUCUGUAUCCUGUGGCCUGAGGAGGGGGUGUCUCCCGUCCUCCUCCCCCAGUCCCUCCUGGGCUCCCACACUCCAGCGUUGCUCGGGACGGGCCCCCCUGCGCUCCAAGGGACGCCCCAGGUGCCAGGCCUGAGCGGAGGGUGCAGCCCCAGGCCCCAUCUUCCACGCUGACUCCAGGGGUGGAGCAGACAAGCUGGGCUGCCACCCCAUACUCUGGGGGUGGGGAUAGGGUGGGAGCUCUUUGCCCCCCUCCUUUCCCUGUGUGCAGUGGGGGGAGUCCACUCCAGCCCAUCUGCCCCCCUAGACUACUCACUCCCCUGCCUGCUGGUGCUGUGAACCAAAUGGAAGGUUGGGGGUGCGCUCCCUCCUGGGGGCGCUCCAGGGACCCCCAUCCACAACCUUCAGUUUUGUAAAUAAAAGGCUGUUUGAUAUUGA